AUGGCGGUGCCGCAGGCGUUGCGCCCGUGGGGCGCCCGGCCGCUGCGAGCGGCGAACGCAGGCGCGGCGGAAGGGAUGCGAGCGGCCAAGUCCCAAGCGCUGCGGGGGCCAGGGCAUCUUCGGCGGAUGGUGUGCCCGAUGGCGUGCUCGCCACGCACCGGCGGGGAGCCAAACGAUGGACGCAGGCGCAUGAGCCGCCAAAAGAAGGGGAAGGAGAAGGCGCAACGCCCGCAAUCCUCCUGGAACCAUGGUCCCAGCAGGCUCUGGGGGGAGUGCAGCGGCCCACCCGAGGUGUGGACGCACUGGGGCGUGGACGAGAUGCCCGACGCACCGGACCCGGUGCCCGCAAGCAGCGCAGCUAAGCAGACGGGGCCAGGCUCCGGGGCCAAGGCCGAGCGCAAGAGCACAGAGGAGGAGUUCUGGAUGUACUCCAGGACGCCUGGGCCAGCGGUGGACCUGCUGACGAACCCAGACAUGUGCAUUCUUCUUGCGGAGGUCUAUGUGGUCAUGUUUGGUGUUGGAGAGGCACAAAAGGAGG